UUUUUAUAAAACAGGGGUUCUGGCCGAUGAAGCAGCCUGACUGCAGGCACAAAGCUAGUGAGUGGUAGGUGGUUUCCAGCUCUGCCCUCUGCCCACGCUUCCACCGGUGCUACUUUCCAUGAAGACAUCUGCUGCCAGGCAAUCCCAGCUACAGCUUUCACUGUUAUGUAUUAAUGCAAGUAAAUCCUUUCAUUUCAAAAUUUGGAGGCACCUAAAAAAACAAAUUCUAUAAACCAGUAUUAAAUUUUGGCUCCAAAAUAUUCUAAAAAAAAAAGAAAAAAGAAAAAAAAAAAAAAAGGCGGGGGGCUCAAAAAUCCAACUUCAUUAAGUCACAAGGAAGUACUGGCAAUCCUGGACAGUGACUUUUAACUGUUUUCCAGAAAUCUGUAGGCAAUGUAGGUCUCCCUUCUUAGGACUAAAAAUAGCCUUCGCCUGGUCAUUUUCUGAUUUGACUAUUUUGUUUUUUACAGUCUAUUCCUUUGACUUCUGGUCUCAUGUGUCGAGACCGUGGCGCUCAACGAAAAUCGUGCUCCUGGUUUUGGUUGCAACCGUACUGCUGCAAACCCAUCCCCCCAAACUCCUUACCUUCUAAGCCAGAAGCCAAAGCACACACUUGGGGACACCCAGGGUGCCGACUAAACGCUAAAAUACAACGGAAAAAAACCUUGCUUCCCAAACAUCUCUAAAUACUGCCAACGGGUUUUUCUUGGCGAGUCUGUGUUAAAAUAAUGAUGCUAAAAUUAAAAUCUUCAAGGGUGCAAUCACAAGUGACAGGAACGUUUUUCCACGGAGCCUCUUACCUUCCAGCUCAGAAGCAAUCCGCAAGUUCCAGGCUCGCAGGAAGCGACUUCCCUCAAACUCUGAAGAGCGGACGAUUUUAACAACAGUAACACCUUUUCAAGACACCCAGUGGCUUUUAGCCCCUCCCAUCAAUCGACUACGGCCAACACGGAGGAGCGACUUCAUCCCCGGAAAAAAAUGCUCUCCUUUGAGCGGGGCAUCUGCGAAAUCCAGCUUUCUGGGCGCGAAGAGGCGGGGAGGGACCCCGAGGACCCGAGGGAAAUAGGAAGAGAAAGUGCUGUGACCGAGUCGUCGAGGUGGAGACCGGCGCGACCAGGGCCGGGCUCUCUGUGGGCUCCGGAGCGGCGGCUCUUCCCGGACACUCGCGCCGGCCACAGGGCAGGAAGCCCCCGCGCAGCUCCCGGGCCUGGAGACGCGUCCCGCGGAGCGGUGACCUCCAGAGCGGGUCCCCUUGGCGAUCCCGCCUCCUCGGGUCGAGAUUCGCGCCUUUCACAGGCUGUCAGAGGGAUCCCUCAGGGAGGCUCGCCCAAUGGCGGGCCAGGCCGGUGGCCGGAGGCUCCGCCCCCCCGCCCCUCGCGGAGGGCCGCCCCGCCUCUGCCCCGCGCCCGGAGCCGAGGAGAGUAAAUACAACAGGAGCGCAAAAUGGCGGAACCGCCGAGCUCAGCGCACGGCGCUGCCGCCGCCGCCGCCGCCGCCCCCGUCUCGGGGAAAGAACCGUUUGGCAAGCUGCAGACCGCCUCCCGGGACCCACCGGGUCCUCUGUCCGCCAAGAAGGUCCGCACCGAGGAGAAGAAGGCGCCGCGGAGACUGAACGGAGAAGGGGGCAGCGGCGGGAACAGCAGGCAGCUGCCGCCGCCGGUGGCUCCUUCGCCUCCGAGCUACGGCAGCCCCGCGUCUUGGAGCUUCGCCGCGCUGUCUGCCGCCCCCUCCCCGUCCUCUGCUCGGAACAGUUUCUCUUUCUCCGCCGGCACGGCCGUCCCGUCCGCAGCCUGGGCUUCCUCGUCUCCGCCGCUGUCGCGCAAACUGCUGGUCCCUCCUACGUUGCUGCACGCUCAGCCCCAGCACCAGCCGCAGCCUCUCCCGCCGGCCGCCGCCCCCGCGGCCAACGCCAAGCCGCGCCGGACCAAGGAGAAGCGGGAGAAGGAGAGGAGGAGGCACGGCCUCGGCGGGGCGGGCGAGGCCCGCGGGUCCGCCCGGGAGGAGAACGGGGAGGUGAAGGUGCAGCCGCGAGAUAAAAUCAAAGAAAAAAUUAAAGAGAGAGAUAAGGAAAAAGAGAGAGAGAAAAAGAAGCAUAAAAUAAUGAAUGAGAUCAAGAAAGAAAAUGGAGAAGUAAAGAUGUUGCUGAAAAGUGGGAAGGAGAAACCAAAAACAAAUGUAGAAGACUUACAAAUUAAAAAGGUAAAGAAGAAAAAGAAAAAGAAACACAAAGAGAAUGAAAAACGGAAGCAUCCAAAAAUGUAUAGCAAAUCUAUUCAAACCAUCUGCUCAGGAUUGCUAUCUGAUGAAGAUCAAGAAGCCAAAGGUAUCCUAAAUGAUAACAUAAAGGAUUAUGGUGGAAAGAAUUUGGAUACCAAGAAUUAUGGUUCCAAACUUCCAGAGAACAGUGAGUUUCCAUUUGUCUCAUUAAAGGAGCCACGGGUUCAGAAUAAUCUCAGAAGGUUGGACACUUUGGAGUUCAAACAGCUCAUUCAUAUUGAGCACCAGCCCAAUGGAGGUGCAUCAGUUAUCCAUGCCUACAGUAAUGAACUCACUCACCUGUCUCCUGUGGAGAUGGCGAGGUUUGCAGAAGAGUUUGUGGAUCUAGUAUUCAGUGAAAAUGAAAACUCUGCAGCUUUCUAUGUAAUGGGUAUUGUUCAUGGGGCAGCUGCUUAUUUACCUGACUUUUUAGACUACUUUUCAUUUAAUUUUCCCAAUUCGCCAGUGAAAAUGGAGAUUUUGGGAAAGAAGGAUAUAGAGACAACAACUAUGUCCAAUUUUCAUGCUCAGUCUCCACCUGUGAUAGCCUGGAUAGUCUGUGAUAGUCCAGAUGUCCACUUCACACCUACCAAACCUCCUGCUCCCACAGUAUAUUUGGUGUAUAUUCUGGAAAAUAUGGUAAAAAGAACGUAUUCUCACGGUACUUACAGAGCUGGCCCAAUGCGACAAAUCAGUUUGGUAGGAGCAGUUGAUGAAGAAGUGGGAGAUUAUUUCCCUGAGUUCCUUGAUAUGUUGGAAGAUUCACCGUUUUUAAAGUGUACACUGCCAUGGGGGACACUAUCUAGUCUAAAAUUAGAGAGUCGAAAAGAUAGUGAUGAUGGUCCUAUCAUGUGGGUACGCCCAGGAGAACAAAUGAUCCCUGUGGCUGAUAUGCCAAAGUCACCUUUCAAAAGGAAAAGAACUACCAAUGAAAUAAAAAACCUGCAGUACCUACCUCGAACUAGUGAGCCCCGUGAGAUGCUCUUUGAAGACAGGACAAGAGCUCAUGCAGAUCAUAUAGGACAAGGUUUUGAACGACAGACUACAGCUGCAGUUGGAGUGUUGAAGGCUGUGCACUGUGGAGAGUGGCUUGAUCAACCCCGAAUAACCAAAGAUGUCAUUUGUUUUCAUGCUGAAGAUUUCUUAGAAGUAGUUCAACGAAUGCAGUUAGAUUUACAUGAACCUCCACUGUCCCAGUGUGUCCAAUGGGUUGAUGAUGCAAAACUUAAUCAACUGAGGAGAGAAGGCAUUCGAUAUGCCAGGAUUCAACUGUAUGAUAAUGACAUUUAUUUUAUUCCAAGGAAUGUUGUUCAUCAGUUCAAGACAGUUUCAGCUGUGUGUAGUUUAGCAUGGCACGUUCGGCUCAAGUUAUAUCACUCAGAGGAGGACACUGCUCAGAAUACAGAUACUCAUGAAAUGGGGACAUCACCAGAUUCUAUAUCAUCAGUUCUUGGACCUCACAGUGACGAUAGGAUUUGUGCUGAUCCCUCUGCCUACCCUAGCAAGGUAAAUAACAGAGUAUAGCUGACUCUUGAAUAACAUAGGUUUGAAUUGCACAGGUCAAUUGAAAAAAUUCUGUGUUUAAGUGGAUCCACGCAGUUCAAACUCUUGUUCAAGGGUCAACUGAAUUUGUUUUUCAAAAGAAGCUCUAGAAAGUAAAAUUGGGGUAGGAAACAGGAUUGCCAGUGCCUAGCUAAAGAUUAUUAAAAUAAUUGUCUUCAGUGAUGGAUUUCAGCAACUCUGCUUAUUACAAAUCUAUUUUGUCUUUGUUAUUUUUCUGGGCUUAUACUUUGGUUGUUGACUUUCAACUGGGGUUCUUUGUGCUGCCAUUUGGGCUAGAGUUGCUAUUCUCAUUUCAGUGUUUUCCGCCCCAGCCUCAUUUGUGAUACCCAUAAAACUGCUUAUUUUUCUGGUUAGGAAGAAGCCAUUUAGAAAGAGGCAUUUCAUCAGAAAAAUAUAAACUAUAGCAAUUAUAUCAUUUCUGGCCCCUAGUUGAAAAGAGUAGGCAAAUAUUGUUGAAAAUCUCAAUGGUUUGUGGGAAAUCAAUAUAUUUACAACAUAGGAAUCUUCAUGGAAUAAAGAAGAUAUAAAUCAUGAUAAUGUAAAUAAGGACUUUCUUUUAUAUCUUACUGUCUUAUCCUAUCCCUCACUUAAUCUCCUCUUAAAGCUAAAUUUAUGUAUUUGCACCUACCAUUUCAGGAGAGAAAAGUUCGUAACAAACCAGUAUUAAGAAAUAGGGGAUAUUUUUCUGGUUUUCUGGUUUUAAUUGAAGGGUAAUAUAUUUAACAGGAUUUUAGUUCCAAUUUUCCAGUAGCAUACACAUAGAUAAGAUCAUACUGUAAUAAAAUAUCUUGGGUAUCCCUCCAAAAUAUACGAGCCUUAAUUAAACAUUUAUUUUUUUAAAAUAUACUUUUAUUGCUUUCAGAUAUGAAGGGUUAGGCAGAUAGAAAUAUCAAUGAUGAGAGAGAAUUACUGAUUGGCUGACUCCUACAUGCCUCCUAUUGGG